CUCUGUAAUAGAGGCUCAUCUAAAACAUGCAGAGCAGGACUGAGGACUGGAAUUGAGAAGCACUGCUUUAUGGUAACUAUGUACAGAAUAUUCAGAGUAAGUACCUCAAAAUAUGCAACCAUUACAAUAAACAGGUAAAACUGAAAUAUGACAAACAUAUCUGAGCUUUCUGCAGGAAUCAGCUGCAGAGCUAAAUGACAGCAAAGUGCUAACAGAACAAGAACUCUGCUAUCAUCAGAAACAUUUAUUGAUCCAAACACAGCAAUGAAAGUUGACCUGCAACCAUGAGACUGAGGAGGAGCCAGAAAACCUUGGGGUGAGACGUUGUGAUCCACGACUCACUUCCUGCUCUCAUGUCUAAUGGCUGCACUGGUUCUGCUGCUUUGACCAGAAAGCAGAGAAAUCUUCCCUGAGCGACUCGUCUCCAUGCAGGCGGGUUCUGUGUGUCACCAACCGACAGAACACGCCGCUACUGACGGUGUGCGCCGGCGUUAAGCUUGAGAGGAACCAAGUGGACACCUGUAGCUGAAAGGCAGAAGAACCAGGAAGGAAAGGCGUGACUGGACCAACCAGUUCAUUGAAAAAAGUCCAAAAAGGUGUGUUGGAUUUGAACAGGACAAUGGGGUCAUCAUCACAUCCAUCAUCACCAUCACCCGCCCCCCCCAGGCGGCCCUCAGACUUUAGUUACCAUGGUAACAGUGCUGGAGCCGGCUCAGCAGAGGACCAGGAAGCUGGGGCUCAGGGCAUCCACCUACUGCUGAGACCUCCAGACCUGCUGGCCCCCAGUCUACCCCCAGUACUCCCCCCACUCAGCCAGCCCACCCUCACCCCUCCGCCCCCCUGGGAGCAGGGCCCCUCCCUGGAGGAAGCAUGGGGCUCUGGGGACUACCUGGAGACCCUGUCCUUCAUGGUGCCUGACGGGGAGGAACUGGGCCUUGCCACGCCACUACCGAGCCACCCUUGGGACGCGGACUCUGAUGGGGACUGGGUCUCUUAUGACACGGCCUUCCCGGCCCGUCCAACCCUCCCUCUGUUCUCCCGUCCCCUCAUCACCCCCUCCUCCACCCCUGCUGUUCCCCUGCACACCCACACUGCCCAUCUGGACGUUUUUUCCACAUGGGAUGAGGAAUAUGACCCGGAGGACAUGAUGCCUCUGGAACCGACGGAGGUGCUGCUGCCAGACAUGAACAGUCUGGAGUACUACACCAACCUUCUGGCCCGGGAAAAGCAGAAGGAAAAGGAGAGGGAGAAGGAGGACCAGAUACAUGGUACCAAGUCCAGACCCUCCAUUACUCCCACAACAACACAAACUCACCUUUCUCCUCUGACCCCAGUCCCAACCCUCAGUGGACCUCCACCAGAUCAUCCCCCACGAGGAGCCUUCCCUCCCCUUACUCCCUCACCUGCUCUUACAAGUCAAAAGUCACCUACCCUACCAAGCACCUCCCAAAUCCCUUCCACUCCUGCUCCACCUUCUCCAAAAACCAAAGACCGUGCUCCAGGCCUCCCUCCUCGUCCCCCAUCUAACACUUCCAGCCAGGUGCCACCCCCUCCCCCACUGGGACCACCGGUUCGGCCCGUCAAACCAGGAAGACCGUCGGUGAUCACAGAAAAAACGGCAAAACCUCCAGCCAUAACGACCACCACCCAGAUUACCUCCAUCAGCCUCACCAGAGGGCCCCCAGUUACCACACCCAAAGGGGCCCAGACUCCGCUCACCAGACAGUACCUGUGCAACGCCACCAAGCCUGAGCUGUACCUGGUCAGAGUGGUGAGUUCUAAAGGCUCGUCGGCCGGGUUCAGUCAUGUCCGCGAUGUCCUGAGGAGAGAGUUCAACCGCUCAGUAGAGCUGCAGUUCCUGAGAACUCCAUCCAGUUUUGCCUUUCGUGUCGUGUCUGGACCCAUGAUAUUCACUGCCGUAUCUGUCAUCAACGCUCUCCGUCAGUCACCGCGCAGUUCAGGCCCCAUUCCUACAGUUUCCCCUCUCUAUACCAUACCGGACCUCUGGUACCAGAUCCACUCGGUGCUGCAGUUUGUUCCCACCCAUGUUGACGUCAGAGUGUGCAACUUCAGUGAAAGGGUGGAGCGAGGGCUGAUAAUGGCAUAUGCAGAGAGCAGAAGGAGGUCACACGAGGCGGGAAACAUCACCGUCCAGCUGCUGAACAUCACAAUGAGCAAAGGCUGGCCAGCAGGGGGGCAGAAGGUUCCUGUUGACAUCACUUUCGCUGUACGAGAUGGGAGGGGCUACUUGGCGGGGUCAGAGGUUAGCGAACACCUGAGGAAGCUCAGCUUGGUGGAGUUCAGCUUCUAUGUUGGAUUUCCUGCUCUGCAGAUUGCAGAACCCUCCCACUAUCCUGAGCUAAAUAUGUCCCACCACCUGCGUGACACGUGGGUCCGUACAGUCCUGCUGGGUGUUCAUGAGCAGCAGGUGGCGGAGAGGAGUUUUAAAGCUCGACUGGAGCGACGACUGGCUGUGCUACUGGAGGAAGGACUGCAGGAGACAAGCAGGAGGCGCUGGAGAAGAGCAACCGCUGUGGGCAACAACAGUUUACAGGUGGUGCGGAUAUCCAGGCUGUCCGGGCCAGAGCGCCCCCUGGAGGUGUUUUACUUCGUAGAGGGUCCAGGUGGGGAGAGAGUCCCGGCAGAGGUAACUGCAGCCACCAUGAACCGCCUGGACCUUCAGAGGGCCGCCAUUGUCCUUGGACACCGAGUCCAGAGGCCUCUGGCUCAACCUGUAGAGACUCUUUCUGUUCCUCCGGCCGAGACUCAGAGCAGCAGCAUUUGGUUGAUCGUAGGUGUGGUUGUCCCUGUGCUACUGGCUGUCUUCAUUAUCAUCAUUCUCUACUGGAAGCUUUGUGGGUCUGAGAAGCUCGAGUUUCAGCCGGAUGCCAUCAACACCAUCCAGCAGAGGCAGAAGCUUCAAGCUCCUAGUGUCAAAGGCUUUGACUUUGCAAAGCUCCAUCUUGGUCAGCACAGUAAAGACGACAUCAUGGUGAUCCAGGAGACGGGUCCACUACCUGCCCCAAUAAAAGAGGCCACGCCCUCCGACGGUGGAGACCUCAAUACUCCCAAGUCCAAAGGAUCAUCCACUAAAGCAGCACGUUCAAGUCGCCGCAGGGGAAGGCUCAGCCCUUCAGACGGAGACUCGUUAGGAAGUGAGCAAUCCAGUGGCAGGGAGUCGGCAGAGGAAAGCACCAGACCUGUGGCCACACCCAGUGAGGGCAAACACCACAGGAAGGCCCCUAAAAAUGGGAGGAGCAAAAUAGCGGUCCCAUCAGGCAGCGGUCCAGAUGAACUUCUCUCCUCAUCCUCCAUCUUUGACCACGUUGACCGUCUCUCCCGUGGCUCUUCAGAUGGAACCCGUCGCCAGGCCAACAAGGUGCAACUUAUCGCCAUGCAGCCACGACCAAGUCCGCCUGCGGCACAUGGCCCGCCACAGCCGAGUCCGUCCCUUACUGAAAAGGUCAAUACUGAGGUGGCGCUAAGGCACAAGUCUGAGAUCGAGCAUCACAGGAACAAACUGCGUCAACGCGCAAAGAGGCGGGGCCAGUGUGAGUUUCCUUCCAUGGACGACAUCAUGGAUGCUUUCGGAGACGGGCCGGUUCAGAGCGAAGCAGCCCAGCGGCUCUACAGCUCCGCCCACGACCACAUGGACUGCAUCCUUCAGGCCGAGGGAGCCUCACCUCUGACCCCCGCCGACUCCAGGAAAAGAGGGAGGCGCUCUCCUCGGGGCCGGAGGCCUCAUCAAGGACCAGGAAGUCUUCCAGAUACAGACAGAGAUCGGCUGCUCACAGACCAGAGCGCCACCUACAGGAAGUACCCCGGACUCAACAAUGUAGCGUACAUGUCGGACCCUGACCUGCCCCCAGACCACGGCAGUCCCUCCCCUACUGAUGAGGUCUUUGACUCAGCCCCAGCUCCACCUCCUUACAUGCCCCCCCAGCCUUCUAUUGAGGAAGCCCGGCAGCAGAUGCACUCCCUGCUGGAUGACGCCUUCGCCUUGGUAUCACCAUCUUCACAGGCCAGCGGUGUGAGAUAUGCGGAGUUGGGAGUCUCCCCCACAUCCAUCCAGGGUCUGCUGCAGAGGCAGGGCCUGGGCUCAGGAGGAUAUGUUUCUACUGGAGAACAACUGCAGGAGUCAAUGUACUCCAACAGGGGGAAGUACGAAGACCCUCCUUCAUCCUCCAGACCCCGACCUGUAGGGGGCAGUACAGGGGCACAGCUUCACCAUCUGACUCAGGUGGGUUUGUCCAGUCAGAUCGGUGCGUACCCUGGAGUAGGUCGCAGCAUGUCUGGACCCACUGGCUCCAGCUGGCACCAGCAGCACUCAGACCAGGACCUGUCCAGACCUGGAGGUAGCAGAGAGAGUGUGCUGUCGUUCCCUGAGUUCUCCUCUUCAUCUGUUUUUCAAAUGCCCAGCUCUUCGUUACGAGACCCAUCGGCUCCACCCCUCCUCUUAACCUCGCCCACCCCAGAAUAUCCACCAGAGGAUGCCUCUCCAUCUGCCCACACAUCCGCCUCUCUCAUCAAGGCGAUCAGGGAGGAGCUGCGACGGCUGGCCCAGAAACAGGCGGCGGUGACCAGCUACCCUUAACUGACCUGCACCUUUUUAAAUCAGGAGUUACAGCAGCUGUUCUACUAGUUGGUUAAGUACUGUGCCGCUAAGCAUAAAAUACCCAUGAUCUAAACGGCAGCGUCUCCUGACGACCACCAGGACUUAACAGGGUUUUGUCUUUUUAUGUGUCGGUCCACUACCCCUGAGUUCAUCGCCCAGAUUCACAUUUCCACUAAAGUGCUUCCUGGAGUAGAUCACUGAGGGAUCGGCCGACCUGGACUUCUACACUGUAUCAUCCUUUUUGAACUUCUGGAACAACAAUACAGCCCCCAACCAUGAAAUGAGAGGCCCCUCUGGAGUUGUGAAGUUGAUGGCCUUUUGUGGUCUAGUCAUCUACCUUCAACUCUAGGAGCUCGUCCCUCUUGGCCUUGUGAAGUGGAUAAUACCUGUUGGAGUUCUGAAGCAGAAGCAUCGCGAUUGGUUUACUUUUGAACUCGGAUUGUACUUCUCAAUUUCUGAAGCUAUCUUAGUCAGAGAGUUUUCAGUUGGUCUUCAGUGAGUUAGCCACACAUCCUGCUCUUUUGGUUAAAACAAUAUUGUUGACCUUGCAGAGUGAAUGUCUCUAGGAAUUGUACAGCAAACUGUUUUGCUGUUGUCUUUGAGUUCCUGGUUCCUUUAAACCUUUGGUCAUUGCUCCCUUCUAGAGUUCUGAAGGCUGGGCUGACCCAUCAGUCCUUGUUGAGGUAACUCUUCACAUGAAGAAAACUUCUGAACCCUUGUAGACCCGAUGAUGGGUCUUAUGGUUCUACAGCAGAUGAUCACUUCUGGAUGAAAUUGACCUUCUGCAUAAUCUGGUGUGGGUUUCCCCUUUUAGAGUUUUAAAGAUGUUGCUCCAGUGUUUUCUAGUUUAGUCAGGAUUCUUAUGUGGACUUUAUUCAACCUUCUUAGCCUUCUGAGAUAAAUGGGAAACUCUGAAAAUCUACAGCAGAUCAUGGUUUCCAGGAUAAUUAGGCCGUUGUUAACCUAGAGGGAACAUGUGAAGCUCACUGUCCUUCCAGAACUUGUGGGCAUUUGCCCAUUCUUGGGGUGUAUCGUUCCUUCUGAAGUUCUGAAGUGGGUAAUCUUUCUGGAUUCCCUGUGGUGCUAAUUGUCAGCCUCAUUACAUUUAAACAUUGACCACAUACUGCCUUCCAUGAUCCAUCAGCCAUGGUGAUCAUGUAUGCAUCUACCCCCCAUACAGAAAAUAGAUUUGCACUGUUUAUAGCAGGAGGUGCAGCAAAGUUCUGACAGCAUGACAAACUAUUAGAAAAAAUACACACACACAAAUACAUACAUAUAUAUAUAUAUAUAUAUGUGUGUGUGUGUUUGUUCAUAUAAAGGUAUAUAAAUGAAAUUUUUAGAAAUAGAAUCCCAAUGAGCACAAUAUUAAUGUGAGAGUUAUUAUUGGAGUAUUGAGAUGUUCUGUAUUUUUUAUUGCUUAUAUAUGAAAUGAUGCUUUAAAUGCUUUAUUUAAAUCAAAAAAAGACCAAACUACUGUUCCAUGGUUGUAAACUCUUGUGUUUGAGCUUGCUGUAGAUUCUGAGGCCGUUUGUUGCGCUGCAUCGCUGCUAGCUUGUGUGUUUGUGUAUCAGUGGUAAAAAAAAAAAAAGAAACUGCAGCAAAAUCAUCACUUUUCCAGCUUUUUGUGAUUUAUCUGUUGCUCCCGUCUGUUUUCUGUAGACACUGAAGAUGGCGCUAAUAUUAUGUUGGAGAUGGGAGUCUUGAUAUUCUUCUCAGCUGCAGCUGCUUCUCAAUGAACAGUUUGAUGCUGCACACAAGAAGAACAGCCAUGAAAAGAAUGAUUCCUUUUUUCAGUGACGGUCCCGUGUGUUCUGGUGCUGAUGGCGUGUUUCUGCUGUGAACAGCCUGAACUUCCCCUGGACUCAUUUCCCCCCCCAUCUCUGGUUUGUGGCAUUUCCAGUGAAGUCAAAGACACCGAACCAAUUUCUUAAAGGAAGUCUGUUAAUAUGUUUAACCUCAUCAUAGUUUAAUAGAGAUUACAAGCUCAGAGGAAGCUAACCCUAACCCUCAUUUGUGACAGACAGGAGGCAUCAGCACAACUUGGCCUUUAAUACUUAAACUUUGCUGAUGAAACAUCUUCCUGUUUCCAUCUGCUUCGCCUCUGAGCGUGCUAUAGAGCAACAUGUAAGUUUGAAUGAUUAUUAAUGUUAUUAUUAUCAUCUAUUUCUACCUUGGAAUGUUAUUUUUUUCAAAGGAUCAGUGAAAAAUAGGAAAAUCAACUAAUAUAUAAAAUUGAGAAGAUCAAUUGUCUGACUGAUGGUGUUCACAGGUAGAAAUAAAUGCUGGAAACAUUUAAAUAAUAAUAAAAAUAGACAUUUUUUGGCUUCUAUCCAAACUAAAGUGUAAUUUCCAACAUUUCUCACUAUCGCCCUCCCAUGGCCAUUCUAGAGAGCAUCAUUUCUGCCCUAAACCUGCAGUUUGACUCUGGUUCCUAAGUUUCUUUUCCUUUUCUCCUCUCCAAAACAGAGAGGAGAAAAGGAAAAGAAACUUGGGAACCAGAGUCAAAUUGAAGGUUUAGGGCAGAAAAAGAAACGUCACCAACCUGAGCUGUUGGUGACGUUUAGUUUCCAUGGGAUUUGGUGGAACUUUUCAUAUUUUGGGAGCGUAAUCGCUGAAACAGAAUUAUCGGCAACAGACCCACACAUUUAGCAUCUGAACGAGACCUUGUUCAGUUUCAUGAGGUUUCCAAGCGACCCCACCCUGCAGCAGCAGGAAAUGUCCAGAGUGAACUCGGUGGUGGUGGGAGCUUAAGUUUCAGGGGAAAAGGACCUAGUGAUAAAACAUAAGAAGUGCUGCUCUGGUCCAAACACCUCGGUUCAAAGUCGGGCUGACGGAGGUUUACUGGUUUCUGCUCAGGUCAGUCAAAGAGCUGUGUUUGUCUCGCUGAGAGCUUCUUUAACAGCAACAUGUAACCAUAACAACGCUCUACAUUGUUCAGACAACGCUGUCCAAUGAAAGGAUAAGGUCCUUUUUCAUUUCUACAUAUGAGUCAAGCUGAACGUUUGCAUAUUUCCAUCAGAUCCUAGAAUUCCUCCUGAGGUCUUGAAUUUUGUUAGAGGAGAAAAAAGCUCCUAUGUUGUCCUGUUAGGAUAAACCAGCUGAAUCAAAAUGUCCAUUCCUCAUUUAACUGAACUACAAUAAGAGAAUUCUCUAUUGGGCUAGUGUUGGACUUUCUGCAGUUGGGAUGCUUCAUGUUCUGGUUCCUUAAAAGUUAAUGUGACUCCAACAACCAAACCUGAGGCACGGGCCAUUAUUAGUUUAUUUCCUGUUUGUGGCAGCUUUACUGGAAGUCUGCACACAUCUAGAUGAAACCAUGCUGGAGUUGAAGUGCAGUUUUGGACAAGCUGCUUCUUCUUUUGUCCCAUGGCGUCCACAAGCCCAGCUUGUCCUGACGCUUUGAUUCAGCGUCUCUCUGCUGAAAGAAUCUGUUGCUUUCUGAAAAGCUGUUGACCUUUUGUCUGUUUGUGUUUCCACAUGAGCUUCUGCUUUUCUUGGCAUGUUCCUCCAUGUCAAGGCUUUAGCUGUUUUUGGUGUCCCCAAUAAUGUUCAGCAUGCUGCUAAAAUAUGUAAAAGUCCAAACAGUGAAGAGUCGUUUCACGUCUAGGUCAGUGAGCAGUGAUUAAUGUCUCGGCUCAUUAUUCAUCAGCUGUUUUUAUUACAUUUCCAAAUGAUAUUUUUUGAUCUAAAAGAAGAUGGUUCUAGUAAAUAGUGUAUAAAUGAAAGUGGAUAUGAUGUUGAAUAGAAAUAUAUAUAUAAAUAUAUCUAAAAAAUAUUUUAUCUGUGAUUGCUGAAUGGACUGGAAGAUCAGCUGGGCCUGGUGCCAACUCAUCCUUCAUGGGCCAACUGCAGAAUGCUACUGGUUUGGAACUCUCUGAUUGGACAAUGCACCUGUCCGUCAAGCUGUAGGGCUUGGCCACGCCCACAGGAUCACAUGGUGCUAUUUCACAGACUCCAGGUGGAUCUGAAAGUUAUCAGAUCACCAUCAUGAAAAGGACAAAAGUCCUGCAGAUUGUUCCAGUCUGCAGGUUCCUCCUGAAUGUUUCCAGCAAACAGUCACAAGGUGGAUGUUCAUCAUGACAAACUGCAGAUCCAGGAGACGGCACCUCAGAAGAUCCUUCACUAAGCAAACAGUGUCCAAAAAUAUUCGGUUUGGGGUUUUGUGAUUCUCACAUCUGCAAAGCUUUUUUUUCUCCUUCGUCACAUUGGACCUAAUAAUGUACAGUAUCAUUUUUACCUGAACUAUGUAGAUUUUUGGACCAACUGACUCACCGUUGUAGUACAAAACUGGUAUUGUAGAUCUACUUGUUUAGAACAAGCGGUAGCUGGACCGUCCUCAUGGUCUCCAGGCUGCCAGGCGAACCAUGAGUUGAUUGUAAAGUCAAAGCUUGAGUUGGGUCCAAAGAGACCCAGAAUGGGAGCCAAAGACCUGUGGUCGCACAGGGUGGGUUCAUCCAAACUAAUUCUGGGUAGGAAACAAAGUGAUGAACAACCCUUGACCUUUGACCCCACUCUGAGAAAUGAAGAAUCUCUGGUCCUCAGUGAAAACUGCAGCUUUGUCAUGAAGGAACAUCCACUCGGCUGUUGCUCUGAGCUCAACCACAUUCCUGUUUGUUCUUCAGAACCCGACAGCCCGCCCUGACCCGGUGAGUCCAGCUGUGAUCUGAAGCGGGACCGGCGGUCCGGUCCGGGCCGGGUCUCAGGGUCUCACGGCGAGCCUCGCCUCCUAGACGCUCUGUGAGCUUCGUAAUCUGGUGUUUCAAGUCCGACUGAUUGUGUUAACAGACAUUAAAGAGACAUUCGGAGUCAAACCCGU